UAAAAAUUGCUGUGUUUCUUCUUUGUAAAAGCUCAAAUGAAAUCGUUUCUAGGAAAGCACAAAAACACCAACUUUCAAUUUUCUCCGUUUCUGGCGUCAUAAUUUCUGCACCUAUACAUACACUGUAUAUAUAAAUAUAUAUAGAUAUAUUUGUAUUUAUAUUAUACACAGAGAGAUAGAUGGGGUUAGUGACUUAAAAUUAAUUUUGAGUCAAUCUUUGGUCAUCUUUUGGUUAGAAAAGAUUAGACUAGGUGUUUGGGAAGCGAGAAAAUUUACAGAGUUCAAAGUUCGAGAAAAAUAGAGGUGCGAGAGAGAAGGGGAGAAAUAGAGGUGUGAGAGUUUGAAGUGUCUGUGAUGCUUGAGAAAUGGAGAUGGUCAAUCCGCAGCCGCUGCAAGCUAGGCCUUACAGGAAUGGAGAAGAUGGAAUCCAGCAGAUUCCGUCGCAGGUCGAAAGGGGUGGUGUUGGUGGAGGUCGUGAGGAGUACAUGAAUGGAGUGGAGGAGGAGAGGGCGACGAGCUCUGGUGUGACGGUGAAUCGCAAUUCCGUAUCGCAUUCUCGGACUGGCGAGCUAACCAUUGCGUUUGAGGGCGAGGUCUACGUUUUCCCUGCGGUUACUCCUGAGAAGGUGCAAGCAGUGCUGUUACUUUUAGGAGGGCGUGAUGGACUUAGCUGUGUUCCUAACCCUGAGUUUAUGUUACAACAAAAUAGCAAGGGUUUAGGCGAUCCUUCACGAAGUUCGAAACUUUCACGAAGGAUUGCUUCCCUUGUUAGGUUUCGUGAAAAACGAAAAGAGAGAUGCUUUGAAAAGAAAAUCCGUUAUACUUGCCGAAAAGAAGUUGCUCAAAGAAUGCAUCGCAAGAAUGGACAGUUCGCAUCAGUAAAGGAAUCCUGCAAACUGGAUGCUGGAAACUGGGAUUCAAGUGACAGUAUUCCUUGUCCAGAAUCUACAUUACGUAGAUGCCAACAUUGUGGGAUUGAUGAAAAGUGUACUCCAGCAAUGCGUCGAGGGCCAGGUGGUCCAAGAUCUCUUUGCAAUGCUUGUGGACUCAUGUGGGCCAACAAGGGAACUCUGAGAGAUCUCACAAAGGCAGGAAGGGUGACUUCUCUCGAUCACACUGAGCCGGAAACUCCAGCUGAAAUUAAGCCAUCAAGCGUGGAGCCAGAAAAUUCGUAUCAUGAACAGGACGAGCUGGGAAGCCCAGAGGAGAGUAAACCUAAUCAAUUGAAAUCGGAAAUUCCUUCUUUGAGUCUGGAUGAGCAGGAUAUGCUGGAAACUGAUGAAGUUGUAACUAAUCAUAUAUCUGUUCAAAUGGAAAAUUCUUCUGUUGAGCUUGAUGAACAGGACACACUGGAUGAUUUUGCCAACGCUUCAGGUUCAGAAUUUGAGAUUCCUGGAAAUUUCGAUGAGCAGGUUCAUGAUGUUUAUGACUGCAACAUGGGCACUCACUGGCCUGGAACUUGACAUCAUGCGAGGGAACCGUGAAGUGCACAUGGUUUAAUUUAUUUCGUCAGAAUGGAGAUCCAGUGCUAAUUUCUUCCUGCUAACAUUGGAUUUCAAGAUUAUGGUUUUAUGUUUAUAUCUAUAGGACUUCCAUAAGUUAUUAGAGUUGCUAGACACCUGUUUCCCAAUCUCUAUAAUGUGAAUAAGUUCCUGUUUUCUAUCA